CAUACUAAUACGCCUUCCAAGUCUGGGGUCCCACUCCAACGACCAUGGCCUCAAAAUCAAAAUCAAAGCAGGAAGAGGCCCUUCAAUUUCUCGAUGACCUAGACUCCUUCAAUCCAGUCGCGGGAACCACGCGCGGACCCGUUUCUACUACUGGCAGCGCAGGAGAUCCAGCGGAUGUUCUCGCUUUCAUUGACGAGAUAACGCAGAAGAGCUCAGAGCCAACCCGCUCCACGACAUCCCAUAUCGAACGACACGUUUCGCGCCCUGGUACCCCGUCACUCAGGAAGAGCACCGAGCGAGUUAAAGUCGGCGCUCAUCUAUCCUCAUCAACCUCUUCGCUCGUAGCAAAGCCAGAACCAUCGUCGAGUGGAUCGGUUCCUACUGCCAAGGCUGAAGCUCAGUCUGGACCGGCUUCUUCUUCAAGUAAUUGGGGAUGGAGCAGCGUAUGGACCAGUGCAUCUACCGCUUAUCAACAAGCCAGGUCUGUAGUGGAUGAGCAGGUCAAGAACCUUCCCAAGAAUGAACACAUUAGUAAAUUGGGGGAAGGAGUACUAGAGUAUGCAAAGACAGCGCAGCUCGACAAACUUGGACAAGAUUUCAAGAGAGUCGGACUGUCUACGUUGACGGACAUUUUGAAUGUCGUUGCUCCUCCGAUAUCUGAGCACGAAGUCAUUCAAGUAUGGCUCAGUCAUGAUAUGAAAGGAUAUGACGGUGUCGAAUCGCUUGUCUAUCGGUCACUCGCUAGGGUCAUGGAGCAAGUCGAGGGUGGUGAUUUAAUCAUCAACCGAGGCGACGAGUCAAAACCCAAGGAAUCUGGAGCAAACACAGUUCGGGAUUUCAAUUCAGUGGACGGAUACGACGCUGCUCUCAAGCUCGCUCAGGCAAACCUAGAUGAAUUCAUCAAGAACAAUUCCAAGGUACCACCCAAAGAGUCAUCUGCUCAGAACCCUGUCACCUACUCCUCUGUCUACCUCCGCAUUCAGCCAUUCCUCACUUCCUUCACCCUUCCUCAGCCCGCCAACGCUUCAGAGGAUUCUACAGAAGCGCCCGAGCAAUCAAACCUCCAGUUCCUGUUACAUCUGUCUGAUCCUGGACAUAAGUUGGUGCACACAACUAUAACACAGGCCGUGCCUGGUAGUUGGUUGCAGAUCUGGGAUGAUUACGACUGGGUGGAAGAUCUUGUAGCUGAAUCUCUGCGGGUGGGCAUCGAAGUGAUUGGGCAGGACUACAUCGUCGCACGGAUGGGAUGGGGCAAGAAGGCAGCCGAACCCACAGCGCCUGAAGAUAUGCCCUCUGAAUCUUCCCCUUGAUGUGCUUCGCCACUCACGCUGUCGCCGCACCUGAUCUUGUAUUGCCUUACAACUCACCAUGAUUGCACUCAGAGGAUAGGAAUGUUGUA